CGCGAAGCCUGGUGGGAGCGCGACGGGCGGGCCGGUAGCCUACAGCCGUGAACAGAUAUGGUCCCCGCAGCGUGGGCGCUCAUCCUACCCCUGCUCGGGCUCCUGCUGCCCGAGCGGGCCCUUGCCCAUGCCUGGGACCCCGCUGGCUACCUGCUCUACUGUCCCUGCAUGGGGCGGUUUGGGAACCAGGCAGAUCACUUCUUGGGCUCCUUGGCAUUUGCAAAGCUACUGAACCGAACCCUGGCUGUCCCACCAUGGAUUGAAUACCAGCAUCACAAGCCUCCAUACACCAAUCUGCAUGUGUCCUAUGAGACAUACUUCAAGUUAGAGCCACUCAAGAAAUAUCAUCGGGUCAUCAGCUUGGAAAAGUUCAUGGAGAAGUUGGCUCCAAUCCACUGGCCCCCUGAGAAUCGAGUGGCCUACUGCUUUGAUGUUGCAGCCCAGCGGAGUGCUGACAAGAAGACCUGCCCCAUGAAGGAAGGGAACCCCUUUGGUCCAUUCUGGGAUCAGUUCAAUGUCAAUUUUAAUAGAUCAGAACUUUUUGGUGGCAUCUCCUUCAGCUCUUCCUACAAGGACCACUGGAUCCAAAGGUUUCCCCCAGAUAAACACCCAGUGCUUGCCCUGCCUGGAGCUCCAGCCCAAUUUCCAGUGUUGGAGGAACACAAGGCCCUGCAGAAGUACAUGGUAUGGUCAGACGAGAUGACAAAGAAGGGGGAGGCCCAGAUCCAGUCUCAUCUCAUCAGGCCUUACAUUGGGGUUCAUCUCCGAAUUGGCUCUGACUGGAAAAAUGCCUGUAAUAUGCUGAAGGACGGAACAGCGGGCUCCCACUUCAUGGCUUCACCCCAGUGUGUGGGCUACAACCGCAGCACUGCCACGCCUCUCACCAUGGCCAUGUGCCUGCCAGACCUGAAGGAGAUCAAACGUGCCCUGAGGCUCUGGGUGAAGACGGCCAAAGCCCAGUCCAUCUACAUUGCCACAGACUCAGAGAGCUAUGUCUCUGAAAUUCAGCAGCUGUUCAAAGGGAAGGUGAAGGUGGUGACCCUUCAGCCUGAAGUGGCACAGAUUGACCUAUAUAUCCUUGGCCAGGCAGACCACUUCAUUGGCAACUGUGUCUCAUCCUUUACUGCCUUUGUGAAACGGGAACGGGACUUACGGGGCCAGUCCUCCUCCUUCUUUGGCAUGGACCGUCCCCCACAGCUCCGAGAUGAGUUCUGAUCUUCCAUCCUCUCCCCCAGCAAUCAAGGCCAUAGAUCCAGUGGUGGUGUGGUCAUCUGACCAGACAGUGAGGUCAAGUUACCAGCCUGCUUCAUUCCAAAUGCUGGGGUGGGGGGGGGUGUGACUGUGUCCAGUGUCUGGUCUUAACCCACCUGAAUUCCAGGAUACAGGCUGCCUUCUCAUCUUACCUGCUAGAGACCAGAAAGUAGAAUACCUCAAAUUGCAAGGGCUUCCUCUAAGAAAAGAGCUGGUCCAUUUCUGGGUAAUUCCAGAGCUAAUCCUUAGUAUUAGGCAAUGGAAUACCCUGUUUCUUCCUUAUUUCCCCAUGCUCCUCUGUCUUCAUCCUGCUGUUUCUUCAAGGGGCCCGUGUUUAAUUGGCACUCCAUCACUGAAGUACAUGGCCCUCCUGGUUCUCUAAGCUUCCACUGGCAACAUAAUGUGGUGAAGAGGGCACCGGAUUUGGAAGCACUGGCUUUUCUACUUACAAGAUGUGUGACCUUGAGUGAGUCACCUCAACUCUGUGGACCUCCCUUAUCCCAUCUGUAAAAUAAGAGUGUUAGCAUAGGUGACUUCCAAGGUCCCUUCCCACUCUAACUCUAUAAUCCUCUGAGCAGCAGAUCUGGAUUACAGCUUUUCUACUUUUAAUACAUGACCAGCCUAGAUUUUCCUUCCCACAUAACUAUUUUUAUAACAGGGGAAGGCAUUCAUAUGGAAACCUAAAGUGGCCUUAAUGGUGCAGACAGAUGAGAAACUGAGGCAGGUUUGUUGGCUUAGGGUUGGCAGCCUAUACCAUGCUUGCCAAAGAUGACCUUUUGGUUGCUUGCCACCUGCCCAUGCUGGCCCCUGCCUUUCUGCACAUCAUGGUCACCCCUCCUUUUGUGGUUCUCCUCUUUGUGAGGCCCAUGUGCACUGAUAUCACAGAAGGACCAUUUUGGAUAAGCUGACCCCUAGCACAGCCUCUCAGUAUAAAGAGUUUGCUUAGAAUGAUUUUUACUUUCUCUGGGCUCCAGAGUGCUGACCAAAACUUUGUGCUUACUUCCUGCCUUCCUUCCUUUGCACAGUGGGAUCUGAUGAGGCUCUGGCGAUGGGGUAUGGACAACCAAGAUGCAAGUGGUCCAGUCGCUGGAUGGAACUUCCACAUCUGACCUCUCACUCUUAAGUGACUCUUGACAUCCUCCCUUACUCUAGUUUCCAUCCUUUUUGCAGGACCUGGGAGAUUUUCUUCCAAAGCUCUGUCUAUAUCUGGAGGAAGUCAUUCCCUCUCAACAUAUUCUUAUUACUAAGGCAUUGUACAGUCAUCCUGCCCGCUGCCCAAGGGUGGAAGCUUUAGCUAGAUGACUAGUAAAAUUCUCAGAUUUCGACACUGAGAGAUAGCCUGUCCCCCUCUGCUUGUCCUUGGUGGAGAUAGUUCAGGCUGGGAGCUAGGAGACCUCUCAGAGGAAUCCCAGGCUUGCCACUCGUCACUUUGGUUUUAACAUUGACAUUCUUCUUCUGAGAGGAGGAGCUUAAUUCCCCUUGUAGGGUGGAAGUGAUGUGUUGUAGAGGUGAUCAGGGGCCUUG